GAGACAUUUCCCAGCAUCCUGUUCGGCUCAAACGUCACAUCCACCAUUAAACAACCAUAGAAUAGCGUCGGCGCAUUCUUUUAGCCGUAGGAAAUGGCGCCAACAGAAGCAAAGAAGGCCGCCCCUGCUCAAAAGAAGCCGGAAGCCAAGGAAAAAAACAAGGCAAAGAAAAGAUCGAGACCAAGGAAUUAUAAUCUAGGAAAUGGCGUGUAUAGGUUUUCUAGGUCCCGUAUGUACCAUAAGAAAGCCCUUUACAAAUUCGUAGGAAAAAAAGUUAAGCCUACAAAGAAACCUAGUAAACCGUUGUUUGUUGAAAAGCCAAUUGGGGGAGAAAAGAACGGUGGAAAACGUAUUGUGUUCUUGAAAAAACGAAGAAACUAUUUUCCAACCCAAGAAAAAAUUAGGAAACCAAAAUCUAAACAGUUAUUUAAAAAUCAUACCCGUAACCUACGCAAGUCUUUAAGGCCUGGUACAAUACUUAUCCUUCUGGCUGGUGUCCACAAGGGUAAGAGGGUAGUUAUGCUGAAGCAGCUGAGAUCAGGGUUGCUUUUAAUAACUGGUCCCUAUCUAAUAAAUGGUUGCCCACUUAGAAGAAUCCACCAACGUUAUGUGAUUGGAACAAAGACUAAAAUAGACCUUAAAGGAUUCAAACUUCCUAAGAACAUUAAUGAUGACUAUUUCCGCAGGGAAAGGAAGAAGAGACCCAAGAAGGAAGAAGGUGACAUCUUUUCUGCUAAAAAAGAGGUGAGUUGUUGCACUUUGAUUUAUUAUAAAAAGAAAGUAGUUAUUUACGUGAACAUUAAGGUGUCCUCUUUAUUCUCUCUUUAUAAUCAUUGAUUCCUUUAAUUCUCA